CCACAAACCACUAUCUACAGAGAGUUCAAUUCCUGACAUUUAAUUCGCAUACUACUAGAUUGCACUUCCCACACACGUCCUGUAUAAUAAUACACCACCUAACUUAGUAUUUCCUCCCUUCAUCCCAUCCCGAUGUCAGGAUCCGCACUGGGCUCAUUGUUUGCUCAGGAUAUAGCGCAAGCAUGGCUGACCGACUUUUCUCGCUCGCUUUCGACAGGCGACUGUCAAACAGCUACUUCUGCAUUUCUUAAGGAAGGGUGGCUUCGAGAUAUCCUCGUCUUCACAUGGAGUAAUCGCUCGCUCUUUGGCACUUCUAAAAUCAUGAAGUACCUUGAGGAGAACUUGAAAAGAGAUACACUUUCUGAUUUUAGGUUGAACGAUGAGUCUCACCUUGCUCCCUACAACAAUCAGUCUCUACCUACGGCUGUUUCCUCGGGCUUUACCUUUCGGACGCCUAUUGCGUUCGGACAGGGCUUUGUCAAUCUAUCGCAGGACGAAUCUGGAAAUUGGAAAGCUCUAACGGUAUUGAUGAUGAUGAAAGAUCUCAUAGGUCAUGAAGAAUCAGGUCCAGAAGAGGGUGUUUAUGAGGGCCACACUCGAGCAUGGGUGGACGUGAAUGAAGAACGUCGGAAGGCCGUAGAGGAAACCCCUCAUGUUAUAAUUUUGGGUGGUGGACAAACGGGCUUAAACGUUGCAGCAAGAUUUCAUCAGAUGAAAAUCCCAAGUAUAGUUUUAGAACGAGAAGACAGAAUAGGGGAUCAUUGGCGAAAACGGUACCCGACUUUGAGUUUACAUACCCCAAAGAAUCAUCAUUCAAUGUUAUACAAGCCAUAUCCCGCGACUUGGCCUAUAUUUACCCCACGCGAUAAGCUUGCAAGCUGGCUCGAGCAGUAUGCAGAUUCACAAGAUCUUGUUAUUUGGACACGAUCCACCAUCCUUCCUACUCCAAAAUAUGAUUACACCUCUAAGAAAUGGACCGUCGUUGUUUCCCGCAACGGGGAACAUUUAACUUUUCAUCCUGCUCACAUUGUCAUAGCCUGCGGUACGCUCGGGCAUCCCCGCAUCCCCUCUAUAAUCAAUAUGCAAACUUUUGAGGGUCAUAUUAUACACUCUGCGAAAUACAAUGGGGGGAACGUGUUCUCUGGAAAACAGGUUGUCGUGGUUGGUGCUGGCAACACCGCUGCUGAUAUAUGUCAAGACCUUGUCCAUUGCGGUGCCGAGGUGACGAUGGUACAACGCUCCUCCACUUGUGUUGUUCCUCGCCCAGUAUCUACGGCGAAUCUUGAUCGGAUGUGGCCACAAGAAGUACCGACUGACGUUUCUGACUUGAAGUUUGCUAGUUUACCUCUUCCUCUCAUUUAUAAAUUAGCCACUUCCCGAGCUGCACAUAUAGCGGAAAUUACACAGAGUAUGCAAGAUGGAUUAAAGAAGGCUGGAAUGCAGGUAAAUCUUGGACCUGGUGGCGCCGGGAACUUUAUUCUGGUUUUCAAUCGGUUUGGAGGCUACUGGUUGGACGUUGGAGCGGCCGAGCUAAUAAUUUCAGGAAAAAUCAAGAUCAAACAAGGAGUUGAACCAGAACGGUUAACUAAAUAUUCUAUGAUUUUCAAUGAUGGUUCCUCGGUACAAGCCGAUGCUAUCAUAUUCGCGACUGGAUACUAUUACAUUCGAGACAUAAUGAAAGAUACAUUUGGGGAAGAAACCAUUGAACUGACAGCACCUGUUUGGGGUCUUGAUGAAGAGGGAGAAAUCCAAGGGAGUUAUAGACCUUCUGGUCACCCUGGGCUCUGGUUCGCUGCUGGUGAUUUUUUUUCGUCGAGGUUUUCGUCAAAGCAACUGGCGUUGGAAAUCAAGGCGAUUGAACUGGGAUUCAUGUCUUUAUGAAUUAUCGACACAUUAUGCCUGUGCAAAUUUUUGUAGUUACCAUUUUAUGAACCAGAGUUUGCAAGUGAUAGAGCCUUAGUUGCGCGAUCGGGUUGUAUGUACAAUUGUAGUAUUUGAAAUAUGAUAGCACGUAUCUAGGAAGCCUUAAGAUCGUAUGUAGGCUAUCGACAUGCACCCGUUCAGAAAUAUAGACGAAGGUUCGGUAGUAAUACAUGGUGACACAAAAUAAUAGUACAAGGUUGGGAAGUCAUAGAUGGGGUAAAAUACUUACUCCUCCUCAGAAGAGGUGGCCUCAUCAUAUAAGACCACAUACUCAUCCGGAAGCGUCGUUGCCCGUAUGGUAGCUUGAGAUUCAGCCCCAUGUCCUUCAACUAGAACACUAG